GAGGAGCUGCUGGGCCGUUGUGACAGUUGCGAGCGCCGUCCCCGCCCCCUCCCGGCGGUGUUUGUGCGCGUGAGCCUCCGCACGCGCCGCCAGACGGCUGCUCGGCCGGUUUGUGCACGGGCCCGUUGGCGCUGCUGCCGCUGCUGCUACUCGCGCUGGUGGCGGCUGUUGUCGGCUGUGCCCGCGCGCGCACGCCUUCCCCCCCACCCCCGGUCCAACCAUGCGGCUCUGCGGGGCGCUUCUGAAGAGCCCCAUCCCCAAACAGAUCGAGUACUACUCCCGCUUUUCCCCGUCGCCGCUCUCGAUCAAGCAGUUCCUGGACUUCGGGCGUGAUAAUGCAUGUGAGAAAACAUCAUAUAUGUUCCUGCGAAAAGAACUUCCUGUGCGGCUUGCUAACACCAUGAGAGAAGUCAAUUUGUUGCCUGAUAACUUGCUGAAUAGACCUUCUGUUAAACUAGUCCAGAGCUGGUAUAUGCAGAGCUUUCUUGAACUUUUAGAAUAUGAAAAUAAAAGUCCUGAAGAUCCACAUGUUCUAGAUAACUUUUUAGAUAUCUUAAUUAAAGUCAGGAACAGACACAAUGACGUUGUUCCUACCAUGGCUCAAGGAGUGAUUGAAUACAAGGAAAAAUAUGGCUUUGACCCUUUUGUUAGCAGCAACAUUCAAUAUUUUCUAGAUAGAUUCUACACCAAUCGCAUCUCAUUCCGCAUGCUUAUUAACCAGCACACAUUGCUUUUUGGUGGUGUCACUAAUCCUGCUCAUCCAAAACAUAUUGGGAGUAUUGAUCCUACUUGUAACGUGGCUGAUGUGGUAGAAGAUGCCUUUGCAACUGCUAAAAUGUUGUGUGAACAGUAUUAUCAGGUAGCACCUGAAUUGGAAAUUGAAGAAUUCAAUGCUAAAGCGCCAGGAAAGCCUAUUCAAGUAGUCUAUGUACCUUCACAUCUGUUUCAUAUGCUUUUCGAAUUGUUCAAGAACUCAAUGCGAGCUACAGUGGAAUUACAUGAAGGUAAAUGUGAAAGCUAUCCAUCAAUUAAAACAUUAGUCACCUUGGGUAAAGAAGAUCUAUCAAUAAAGAUAAGUGAUAAAGGUGGUGGUGUGCCUCUGAGAAAAAUAGAUCGCCUAUUUAACUACAUGUAUUCAACUGCUCCAAGGCCUAGUUUGGAGCCAUCGAGAGCUGUACCUUUGGCUGGAUAUGGGUAUGGUCUGCCGAUCUCUCGUCUUUAUGCUAGAUACUUUCAAGGAGAUCUCAAACUGUACUCAAUGGAAGGUGUCGGUACUGAUGCUGUAAUUUAUUUGAAGGCUCUUUCCAGUGAGUCAUUUGAAAGACUGCCAGUUUUUAAUAAGUCAGCCUGGCGACAUUACAAGACCACUCCAGAAGCUGAUGACUGGAGCAACCCUAGCAGCGAACCCAGGGAUGCUUCCAAAUAUAAAGCGAAUCGAUAACUUGCCAACUUUUUCUAUCAUGACUGGGGACAACUGCAUUCACAAAUGAGUCUCUGCUUUGAUCCAAAUUCCAAAAUCUUCUCAUCUACAGUAGCCAAUUAUUUCCCUAGGAAGACCUUUUAUAGGACUGAAAUAGCAAGUAGAGAGGGGACUUUAAAUACUGGCUUGAUGCAUUUUUUGGUGUGCAUUAUUGUAACUAUUUGCCAAAACUUGCUUGGUUAGUUGAUCACAAAUGACAGAAGGUGUUGCACUGUCACUGCAGUUAGAAUAUACAACUGUAUAGUUAAAGGGUACUAUUUUUUAAAGAUCAGUUUCUAGUCCUAGGUAAGAAUCAGAAAAAUUGUUUUGAUUCCUUAUGUGACCGUAGUAUCUUACAUAGCAAUAUAAUGUAACAGGUAAAUUCAAGUGUAGUUGAAUGUGUGCUUAGAAAACUCACAGUUUCAUUUUUAUAUGGCACAGUUGAAUCUGUUACAUUAAAAAACACCACUAUGGGGGCUUUUCUGAUCUUGCCGCCAACAUUAGUAUGCUUAGUUCUUAAAAAAAAUGUUGAGCUUUAUAAUGUAAGCUAUUGAUUGUUUCCACUCCAAAAGCUCAUUUCUUCAAUGUUGACCCAACUUCCUUGGAAAACAUAGAAACGUUCACUUCGUAAUAGCUAACCUGGUAGAUUUUAUAAAAUUAAUCACCGUAAUUAUGGAUUUUGCAAAACAUUUUUCUGACCAAGCUAAAUAUAAUACAGAAUCAUAACAAGCCAAUCAGUUUUGUAAACAUGAGACAAUUCCAGCUGACAGAGGAGAGUUAAUUCUGAGUGUGAGAUUGAUCACAUGAAACUGUCUUUGUUUUAGGGAAACCCAACAACAAUCCAGCCAGCCAGUAAUUUAAGUGGAUUCACUUUAAAAAGUUGGACAUUUCAAAUCCAUUUAAUAUUAAAUUGAAAUAAUUAGCAGAAAGAUCUCAAAAAAUACAAAAUAUUAUUGGGCUGUUCAGUGAGGCAUGAGUUAAAAUGGUGAUCUAAAAAUUGUUAAUUCCAUGAAGGAUUUUUUAAAAAAUAAAUGGAGGAAAAAACAGCCCCAAGGUAAAAGCUGAAGACAUGUUUCAGUGAAUCUUGGUCAAGCACUGACCCUGAUGUUAUGGCUCUAAAGAGCAAAGCAAUCAAGCAAAAAGUCUGGUAACACCUUUUUACAGGAACAAAGCUAGAGUGGUGAAUGAGGGCGCCAGAACACCAAAGCACAUUCCUUGGUGUCUGUAAAUUGUACUUUAUGUAUAUUGUUUUGACAGUAAGAGACUAUGAACAAAAUUUCUAUUUGAAUACAGUUUGGUCAGUUAGACAGACAAGGGAAAGUUAUGAUUUACUUUUUUUAAAAUAGAUGGGUUAAGUGUCCAUAUCAAUCUUUGUUCAAACAUAGUAAAAUGUUUAAUUAGCAAUUAAAUCUUGAGUUCCCGAAAUUUGAAAAAUCUAAAACAUCUAAAAAUCUAAAACAUCUAAAAUCUAAAACAUCUAAAAGCACUGUUUUGAAGCCAAUUUGGUUUGCACUCCUUUCAGACUGUAUGCAUGAACUUUAACUGUAUUUAUGAAUGUUUACAGUGUUGGCAGGCACCUAUAUGUCUUUCUGAGCAACAUAUUAAAUCUUUGCUUCCAGAAAAAGAUGAAUCUGCAUAUAUGAGAUCUAUGUAUACUUCCAGUGACUCAUAAUUUAAUUAAAACUGACAUCAGUUUUAGGAUGAUCAAACACAGAACUGCAAUAUGUAAUAACUAUAUACAACUAUCACCAACUUCUAGAACUUCUAAUUUUUUUAUUUGUGUAAAGGCUGUCAUUCUUAUUGGGAAGGGAUGUUAUGGCAGCUGAAUAUAACCAAGAGAUUGUUUUUUCAUCAAUAAUAUGUUGAUCAUUUCUUUGCUUUUUACUUAUAAGGGAUAGGAACGGAGAAAUCCAUGGUAAAAGCAAUAGAAGGUACUUUCAGAAAAUGUUUAAUUCGCUGGAUUCAAUUGGAUUAAUUUUUGAAUGCCUAUCUUAGAUGAUGUGGCUGUGCCAGAUUGAUCCUGAGUUGUUCAGUGUGCUAAAUACUGGUCACCGUAGAAAGUGAUAUCUAGGUAAGAGCAGAUUACGUUCUCUUGAUUCAGUGACUCAGUAUGAUUUGGGUUAGGUUUACACUGCUGCAGUUUGAUAUCUAUAGGAUGUAGUUUCAUCACUGUUGACUUUCUCUCUAUAAAAUCCUAUGUGCAAUUUUAGUGUAAAUACAGGGUUUUUUUUAUCUUUGGAUAAAUUGAGAUAAUAUUUACUGCUGAAGACCAAGCUAGACAUGACAUAGUGUUCUUUGUCUUUUUUUAAGAAAUGCAUAUGAAAAGCAAUAUUGGAAAACUAUGGGAUCAAAAGAGCAGCAGAAGCAGAAAUUGCUUAAAGCUUUUAAAUCUGUGCUGUUUAUCCAUUGAAAAGCAUCCUCUAUUGCUUUUCUCCCUACCUUUUUCCCGUUGCUAUAGGAAGUUAUUUUUAGCAGACAAACAACAGGAGGGAAUCGGGUUUCUACCCCUUCUGUUCUUUUGCCCCUGAUAACAACUUUCCAAGGCUACUUUUCAUUUUUUAAAAGUAAGUAUCUGAGUCAGAAAAGAGACAUGGAAUUCCUGGUCACAUCUAGUUGGCCUGUCUGAUUCCAUCCAGAGCAUUCUUUAAGUAAUAGUAUCUGAUCUCUCUGUUGCACACCUUUCUCAAAAGCAUGGAAGAGUCUGGUAUUGCAAAAAGUAUCUGCAAAGCACUAAAUGUUAAUAAUAAUGUUUGGCAUGUAUACAGCAUACUUUGAGUGUUCACAAUGCUUCACAUACAUUAUUUCACUAAACAUUAUGACAAUGUG